GUACCUUGACACGUGACCCUGCUGCCCCAGGGCGCCAGGAUUGUCUACAGCUAUAUAAGACUGGGCGCUGGGUGGUUGGGCUACUGCCGACCACCUCGACUCAACCAGAACCAACCAUGAAUCAGCUGCUUCUCUGUUUCACCCUUCUCGUCAUAGCUGCGGCCGUCUCCGCGGGCAAGUUUCCCCUGUACGGCUACAAACUGGGCGGAUACGGUGGACUCGGUGGAUACGGCGGAUACGGUGGAUACAAGCUCGGUGGAUACGGUGGACUUGGCGGGUAUAAGCUCGGUGGAUACGGCUUAGGCGGGUAUGGAGGCUGGGGAGGUUAUGGAGGAUAUGGAUCUGGCUGGGGAGGUUAUGGAUUAGGUGGAUACGGAUCUGGUUACGGUGGAUACGGAUCUGGUUACGGUGGAUAUGGAAACUACGGUGGAUAUGGAAACUACGGUGGAUAUGGAAACUACGGUGGAUAUAACCUCGGUAACUACAACAACUACAACCUCAACAACAACUACAACAACAUCAACUCUUAUGGCCUCAACUCCUUCGGUGGACUUGGUGGAUACGGUGGAUUAUAUGGUGGUUUUGAUCUUGAUGAUAUUUUUGAUGACUGAAAAGUAUCUGUCGCUGAUAAGAAUUGAAUACAAUAAAUAAAUAUCUUGUUCAAA